CGACCCGCUGCUGCUUCACAUGCACAGCUUUUGUCUGGUCCCAUACAUGGAUGGAAGCGUCGUCAUUCUUCUGGCACGUACGCAACUAGUCGGCCCUUAAUUAAGUGCGUGUAUUGCCUCCGUGUGGUGGCUGAUGCUAGAUUUCUGAUUGGUGAUACUGAGCCGGGCCGAGAUGUCGUCUGGAUUUGCCGAUUUUGACGCCGGUCAUCGUGACUUGAUAACUGUCACUAAAUUCAAUUUCUAUGGUAAUCGCAUUGUGACAGCUUCUUCCGACCAUCGUAUGAAGGUAUGGGAUCAGAAAGACGGAGAAUGGCAAUUAACAGACACCUGGCGUGCUCAUGAUGCUGAAAUCCGUGACGCAACUUGGAACGGUCCGUUCACCGGUCAGCACAUAGGCAGUGUUGGUGAGGACAUGAAAUGCAAGAUAUGGCAAGAAGAUGUCACUCAACCCCCCAACUCUGGCCGACGCUUCCGGUCCAUCUUUCGCAUGACCGCACCACACCGACAUCCGUUCGUCUCAAUUGACUUCCGUAACAUUGACCUUGAGACAUGGCUCGCUGUCAUCACACGAGAUGGGUUCCUGUUAGUUAUGGAGCCCGUAAGUCCAGAUACACUCGCGGAUUGGCAAACUCUUGACCAGUUUCGCGUUUGCACUGCACCCCAGAGAGGAGAGGAAACAAGCUUCAAGGUGCAAUUCCACCACGACCCUACCGACAUCACUCACUCAGUUUUGCCAUCUUCGGAUCGCAAAAGCCUUUCACUAGUUGUGGCUGCUAUGGAUAGUGUGAAAGUGUAUCGCACUGAUGCCAAUCGACGCUUCUAUCACGCAAUCGAGCUGUCGGGCCAUGUAGGCCUCGUCAGAGAUAUCUCAUGGGCCAAUGGCUCUGUUCGAGGUUAUGAUUUGAUUGCUAGUGGUUGUAAGGAUGGCAUCAUCCGAAUUUUCGAGGUUUACACUUCUGCCGCGGAUAGUGAGGCCACUAAUUCGAACGGUGAGCAUUCGCGACCUUCCUCACAUUCAUCUUCAAUCCGUGCAACAACACAAUCCGGAAUAGGAUCUGCCCUUGCUAGUCGCACUCCGGUGUCUAUCAACAGCCGCUUAGCAACAGGGAAUACUCAAUUCAAGCAUACUUAUAAGGAAGUAGCGUGUAUCGACAGCAAGCAUCUAGACGUUUGGCAAGUGGGCUUUUCGUACGCUGGGGAUUGUCUUAUUUCCUCUGGCGACGACGGCACUGUGCGAUUCUGGAAGAAAUCCCUAUCAGGCGAAUGGCUGGAAUAUGCCGAAGCUGAUAUGGCAUGUUGAUAAUGACAUGACUACGUCACGACCUUAUAUUGACCACUUAUGCAUGAGGUUCGAUUGUCAGAAUUACCUCUCUUGCGACUUUCUUCUCCAUUCUCUAGAUAUGCCACGUUUAUGAAGCCCACAAGACACUUAUCUUGCUUGCUUGCUAUGGCAUUCCUACAGUUUGGUUGAAGACGCAUGGUAGACCCUCUAUUUGUUCCUAUUUAUUGUCCUAUUUCCUAUUGUUGUGUUUACUAGACAGCGAUACCCAUACAUGUCUGGCUUAUAAUACUGUGUAGGCGGUUUUGCUCUUCUCCUUUUUCUGUCUCCUUUUUUUGGCCUCUAUUAAGUAUUAGUUGAAUCGACUUUUUUUCACUCUUUUCUUUUCACGUUCUUAAUUGCCG